AUUGGCAGGAGCUGUGGUUCUCAGAUUGUGCGACGGUGUUCAGGUGACGUGAAAACAGCAAGCAAAGCAUCUGACAUUACUAAAGUACCUCUGAGCAAGUCUGUUGAAUGGUUGCCUCGACCUGUAUAUGCGACAGUGUCUAGUACACCAGCUCAGACACAAGUAACAACUCUUGACAAUGGCCUGCGUGUGGCAUCUGAGCCAAAGUUUGGCAACUUCUGCACAGUUGGAGUUGUCAUUGACAGUGGCAGUAGAUAUGAGGUGGCAUAUCCAAGUGGAAUCUCUCACUUCCUUGAAAAACUUGCUUUUGGUCGGACCGUUAACAUGACCCGCGAUGACAUCAUGGGAAAGUUUGAGAGACUUGGCGGGAUUUGUGACUGCCAGUCUUCGAGGGACACAUUUAUUUAUGCUACUUCAGUGGAAUCCAAGGGUAUGCCUGAGGCUGUAGAAGUGUUAGCGGAAGUUGUCCUCCGUCCUCAGCUGCUGCCUGAAGAGGUUACAGAUGCAAGAAUGGCAGUGACUUUUGAUCUGGAGGACCUGCAGCUCAGGCCAGAGAAGGACACUUUGCUGAUGGAAAUGAUACAUGCUGCUGCAUACAGAGACAACACGCUUGGGCUUCCCAAGAUCUGCCCACCAGAGAAUGUGAUGAAGAUUGACAGGUCCACCCUCUUCACCUACCUGAAGAAACACCACACUCCCUCCCGCAUGGUUCUAGCAGGUGUGGGGGUCAACCACGAUGCUCUCGUCGAGUGUGCACAGAAACACUUUGUGGACCAUCCAGCCAUCUGGGAAAUGGAGCCAGCAUUGGGGAGCUCUCGCACCAUUGAAGUGGAUCGGUCAGUGGCUCAAUACACGGGCGGGAUUAUUAAGGAAGAUGCAGAUCUCUCUGAUGUAUCACUGGGCCCAAACCCUCUGCCAGAGUUAGCACACUUGGUAAUUGGCUUAGAGUCUGUUGGCCACCAGCACAAAGACUUUGUUACGUGCUGCGUCUUGAAUAUGAUGAUGGGAGGAGGUGGAAGCUUCAGCGCAGGUGGUCCUGGCAAGGGCAUGUACACACGUCUCUAUACAAAUGUUCUUAAUAGAUACCACUGGAUGCACAAUGCGACUGCAUACAACCAUGCAUACAGUGACAGCGGUCUCUUCUGUAUCCAUGCCUCAGCCCAUCCCUCUCACCUAGGAGAACUCACACAGGUGUUGACCCGGGAGUUUGCUGCAAUGGCAGGACACGUCGGGAAGGAGGAACUACAGCGUGCAAAGGUGCAGCUCCAGUCAAUGCUGUUGAUGAAUCUAGAAAGUCGUCCUGUAGUUUUUGAAGAUAUUGCUCGCCAGGUGUUAGCCACAGGUCAUAGGCUACAGCCACAGCAUUUUAUGGAUCUUAUUAAAAAUGUGACUGCUGAUGAUAUAGUCAGAACUGCAGGACAGAUGUUGCGUGGAAAGCCGGCUGUGUCUGCUUUAGGAACACUUGAUCGUCUACCAAACAUCUCAGAUAUUGAAAGUGCAUUAUUACAGAAGGAUGGACAAUUGCCUUCCAGAAGGAGAUUCACAAUUUUCCGAUAACUAGGUUUCCUUAAUACCGCUUAAUAUAUUGAUCAUUAGUGUUGCAGAUAAGUAGGGAGACUAAAAUAAUGUACGUAGAGUUUCAUGUGCUCAGUAUCAGUCUAGCAUUGUGGAUAUUUGAGUGUCUGUGGAUGUCUACUGUGAAAGCUCAUUUCCAUGCUUCAGGGAUAUUUGGCAUGAUUUGUGUCACAGUUAUUAAUGUAUGGAUGGCAUCCAUAGAUAAUGUGAGUGUGGCUGACACUGAUAAUGAAGUGCAAAAGAAACUUAAUUUACUAGUCUUUUCUAAGAAAAUGUGAUAAGGACAAACAGGUUUAUAAAGUUUGCAUUCAAGGGGAGGAAGAAUUAUGUAGAUAUAGAUCAGAGGAAAAUAUUUUUUACAUGAUGUCCACAAGGUUCUGGAAUAGGAUAGCAAACAGAAUAUCAAAGCAAGACUAUUGUGCAACAAUGUAAAUAUAUUAAGAGUUUUAUUUGUUAGGUGCCAAAAUAAAUGGCUCCCUGUUGCUCACAAGCUCAAAGAAUUUAAAGAUAUAAAGAAAAGCAAAUAGAAGUGUGAAUACCAGUUUUGCUGUUUUAUCCACUUGAGAAAUUCAUUUGGCUUGGAUUAUAUUAAGAAUAUUUAAAAAAUUGUAAGGGUUGUAUGCCAGAAAAAUAGCUUUAUUAUAAAACAUAACCAUUUUUUAUAUAUAUUCUUUGUGGUGUUAUAUAACAUUAACAUCUAGAAGCAUUCAACAUCUUGGAUCACAGGAGGCAUGUUUUUUGAGGCUUUAAAGACCAAACCUCAACUGAAAACUCUCUUUCUGUUAUUUGGCUUGUACUAGUAUAACAGAAAUUAAUGCAGAAUGGUCUUUUUCCUUUGUUCUGUUGAUUUAACUUGUUUAUUUUUCUUUCUCUCUCUCAAGUACAGGAAACUUGUGCAACAAGGUCAUGACUCUUAAGGCUAAUAUUUCCCUCCCUUACUCAAGAUCUUAGCAGUGUGGAUAUACUGUACUCAGAAUACUAUAUAAGUAGGAGUUGGCUGUGGGUCAGUUAGUUCACAUUGCAUUAUAGCAAGAGAAAUGAUGGGUGUAGGUAAUGUUAAACUCAGUAGGAUCACAAGAUACUUUGGAUGUGAUUUCAAGGGUAGGAUUGUAUUCAGAAUGAAGUUGAGAACAAAAGGGAUGAUUCUGAGGGCACUAUGGUGUACAUUUUAGCAGUUGUUAAAUGAAGAUUAGGAAUAUCCAUUUUGUUAAUCCUUCAACUGCAAGUAAUAAAAUAUGGUUGAAUGGACUUCAAUUUGUUGUAGAAAGAAGAACAAAAAAACAAUGUUAAACUAAUGUUUACAUAGAAAAGACUAUUGAGCCCAAUAUUGCAUAUAUUUCAGCAUAUAGUAGUGAAAGGUUGGGUAACAGGAUUAUUAAAUUAGUUAAAUUUCCUUGAGAAGGGAGGAGCAUAGAAAGGAGAAAAGACCUGAAAAAAAUGAAUUUUAGGGAAUCAAUCAUUACAUUUGCUUCAGACUUGUUCAUCAUAGUUCUUAAGAAUGUCUGAAAUUUGGUAUGUGAUAAAUGUAGGUUGCUUGGAAAGCAUCAGCUGGCAACUGAUAUGCUUUAUUAACAAUUUUACAUUUAAAAUUGUAGGGGUUUGCAUCUAGGAUUUCGAUGGCAACCAUUUUUUCCACAUGUGGAUGUAUAACCACUGUGUAAUUUUGCUAAAAUUCCAAUAUUAUGAAUAUGGUCUGUCAUUUGCUUUAAUGCUAUGUGGCCUCUUCAGGUGACCAAAAUGAGCCAUAGUAUCCUCUGCCUAACUGCAGCACAUUGCUUUUGUAAGGGAUGGGACAUCUCUAAAUAUCUUUCAGGUAUAGAAGUCUUCACUAUUUCAGCAAACAGUGAGAGUUAUGGAUGCCUGUCUGACUGCACUGAGCUGAUGAUCUGAAUUACAAUUGUCUCCUUAAUAAGUUACAAAACCUCAUUAGCAUUUUUUGAAGGGAACUCAAAAACCAGCUGGGUUUGUGUAUAAGAAUACUCAUGUAAAUCAAAUUUUGUAAAAUCUGAUUUGUGUUUUUUUUUUUUUUAUGACAAAAAAAUCAUCUUAAAAUAUUCACUUGCUAUAUGAUUUAGGCAUUUUUACAGUAAAGAAAUACUCAGGAAAAAGAACAAAGAAAUAUGCAUUCAUAGUUAAUCACUUUAGAAACAUUAAAAGCAAAUAGUUAACCAUAAGAAGCUAAGUGAUGACAGAACACCAUUGCACAAUUGUGAUACAUAAUAGUGGAGUGUUCAAGUUAAAAAAAAAAGAGAAAAAGAAAAUAGACACACUAUAUUGUAAAGUUCAGAUAUCCUUUCUCCUGCUAUCACAAAGUAUAUAAUGGUAUUGUAUUUGUGUUUCAUAAAAGAAAUUGGUUUACUAAGAGGCGAAAGUUUAGUGCCUUUCAAGAAUAUUACUACAUAGUAAUAUGGUUUGAUCUUUCAUUGUUCAACCAAAAUUGUCUCAUUUGUGGAAUGAUUUUUUGACUGAAAGAUUUAGCAGGUGCUAAUAGAAGUGCCAAUUAAAUUAUGUACAGUUCUCAAUUACACAGUGAACCUAUGUCCAAUUCCGUUUUGUUUUGCUUUGGGAUGUUUUUUUCAUGAAUCCAAGUUCGUAAAUAUGUAAGAAAACGUCAGAUGGGGUAUUCUUUACUCAUUGUAAGUAAUGUAUUCCAUGCAGUUACAGUUUCUGUUUAUGAAUAACCUGGAUAUUGUCUGCAGAAGUAUGGAAAAUUCAAUUCAUAUUCCAUUAAGAGAAGUAAAUGAAGAAUGUUGUUGGAUAUUAAAUCUAAUUGUUUAGGAAUUUGGUAUCAAUAGAAAAUUGGGAAAAAAUAACUUGUACAUUUGCACAGAUGUCAAUGAAAGAAUAAUUUUUAAAAAUAUUUUUUUAUAUUGGUUGAAAUGGACAAAUUAAUUAAGAAAUAAUGAUAAGUAAUUUUAAUUGCUGAAUCAAAUUAUGUGCACACAUUUGGAGCUUAAGGAUCCUUAUUGUAUUAAUGUGUGUGAUUGGGUUUUGUACUUCAAAGGUUCUGUUUUGUAGGUUUUGUAAUCACCCAAUCCAUCGGAGCCCAGUUUAUGCUUUUGUAGUAUUAUUGGUAAUAUAGUUAUCAUUUGUAUGAUCAUGCUUAUUGUUCUCUUUAUUAUCAUUUUGUUUAUGGUCAUUAUUAUUAAUAGGCAUUUAUUUUUAUACGUGUUUGGAUCUUCAGAAUUUUUGUAUAAAUUAUCAGUCACACACCAUUUUCACGUAUUCCUUAGUGGAGUUUAUCUUUUUCUCAGCGUGGAAUAUGCUGCUGCUUGGGCCAGGGCUACUGCAGUCUUGUAUCAUGUUGUAAAUAUGUAAAAGAUUUGUAAUAAAAAAUGUUGUUCA